AUGUUAUUAUACGUGCUAUUUCUUUCAAUAUUAUCAUCUCAACAUGUCCAAGCUCAGUUCGGUGAUUUCAAACAAGACUUCGAUUAUGUAAACGUUCGUGAAGGCGCCCACAUGUUUUAUUGGUUGUUCUACACGACAGCUGAGGUUGGGAAUUAUACGGAGAGGCCUUUGAUCGUUUGGCUCCAAGGUGGACCUGGAGGCUCUUCAACGGGUGUUGGUAAUUUUGAGAUACUGGGUCCACUUGAUCUAUCUCUCCAAGAAAGAAACUAUACAUGGGUUAACAACUUUAACGUUCUCUUCGUAGACAACCCAGUUGGCACGGGAUACAGUUAUGUGGAUAACUUGGAAUUUCUGACAAAAACAAACGAUGAGAUAGCGAUAGACUUCGUUCAACUCAUGCGAGGGUUUUACGAGAAGAAUUCCGAAUUCGAAACAGUACCAUUGUACAUAUACGGACAGUCGUAUGGAGGGAAAAUGGCGAUAGACAUGGCUAUACGCAUGCGCGAGGCUGAAGUAGCGGGCACCAUAAAAUCUAACCUUCGAGGUGUUGCUAUGGGAAACGCCUGGAUCUCACCCGUAGACGCUACCCUGACUUGGGGUCCGUUGCUGUUGGCCGCUGGCUUGGUAGACAAAACUGGCUAUGACAACAUUCAGCGAGCCGCGAGGGAAGCAGAAAGACUCUUUAAUGCUGGGCAGUAUUAUCAAUCUACGCAACAGUGGAGGCUAACUCAAAGAGCUGUGUUUUUAGCCACCACUAGCGUGGACUUUUACAAUAUUCUCACGAAAAUGCCUGCGGGACCGAACACUCCAAGAAAUAUUGAAGAAUUCUUGAUGGAACUAAACCUAAGAGACGCGUCACACUAUACACCGGAUGAAAGACAGGAACGAGAUCUCAAUAGUUUAAUGAACAAUGAAGUAAAAGAAGCCCUUCGCAUACCCGCAAAUGUAACCUGGGGCUCACAGAGCAGUGCCGUUUUUGAGACUUUAAGCACUGAUUUUAUGAAGCCGGUUACAGAUGGGAUCGAGAAGCUGUUGAACGAUACGGAUAUAAUUUUGACAAAAUAUAACGGAAACCUCGACCUCAUUUGUGAUACUCCUGGUCAAAUAUUAUGGGUCGAUCGUCUGAAAUGGGCUGGAGCGGAAAGUUUUAAGAACGCGAGCCGUCUAGCCAUUUGGGAAAAUAAUCAACUUGAAGGAUAUUACAAGACGCAUGGCAACUUUAGAUUCUUUUGGAUCAACAAGGCUGGACACAGUGUUCCAAGAGAUAACCCGGCUGGAACGAAUGCCUUUUUGAGAGAUAUGACGUCUUUUGGAUAA